AUGAUGGCUACACGAAUGCUCAAUCAACACUCCAAAUCCCUGCUCAAGGGUGCUCUUGGGAAGCGGUACCUCGCCACUGUCACGGGUAGCUCUGGCCGAUUGAUGCCAGAGAUCCACCGUGGUGCCACUCCUGUUUCGUAUGACCGGGCUACCUUCACCAUCAGGGGAGGUCCCGUCUACCAUGGCAAGUCCUUUGGCGCCAAGCAAAAUAUUUCUGGAGAAGCAGUCUUCUCUACCGCUCUGGUCGGAUAUCCAGAAUCUAUGACCGACCCUUCAUACCGUGGACAAAUUCUCGUCUUCACCCAACCCCUUAUUGGUAACUACGGUGUUCCCGGACGUGACCGCGAUGAAGCCGGUCUUUUGAAGUAUUUCGAGUCUCCACAUAUCCAAGCCGCUGGUAUUGUUGUUGCGGACGCCGCCCUCCAAUACUCACACUGGACUGCGGUCGAGUCUCUCGGAGACUGGUGCGCCCGUGAGGGUGUCCCAGCUAUCUCUGGAGUCGACACCCGAGAUAUUGUCACAUUCCUCCGUGAACAGGGUUCUUCCCUUGCUCGUAUCACCAUCGGCGAGGAAUACGAUGCGGAUGAGGACGAAGCUUUCAUUGAUCCCGAACAAAUUAACUUGGUCGCCAAAGUUUCUACUAAGGCCCCAUUCCACGUCUCCUCCUCUGGAGAUCUUCACGUUGCCGUCAUCGACUGCGGUGUCAAAGAGAACAUUCUCCGAUCUCUCGUUGGUCGUGGAGCCUCUGUCACCUGUUUCCCAUGGGACUACCCAAUCCACAAGGUUGCCCACCACUUCGACGGUGUCUUCAUUUCGAACGGUCCCGGUGACCCAACUCACUGCGCCCCAACCGUCUACCAUCUUCGAAAGUUGAUGGAAUCUUACAAUGGCCCUAUCAUGGGUAUCUGCCUUGGACAUCAGCUUCUCGCUCUCGCUGCCGGUGCCAGGACUAUCAAGCUCAAGUACGGUAAUCGUGCUCAUAACAUCCCAGCUCUCGACCUUACCACCGGUCGAUGCCACAUCACUUCCCAGAACCACGGAUACGCCGUCGAUGUCUCGACUCUCCCAGCUGGCUGGAAACCAUACUUCAUCAAUUUGAAUGAUCAGUCGAAUGAGGGAAUUAUCCAUGAGAGCAAGCCCAUCAUGGGAACCCAGUUCCAUCCAGAGGCAAAGGGAGGUCCAUUGGACAGCAGCUUCUUGUUCGAUUCUUAUGUCAAUCAGGUCACUGAGUUCAGGGAGAAGGGUAUUGAUGGCGUUAAGAGGGAAGGAAGGCCAAAUCCACUAUUGGUCGAUUUGUUGAGCAAGGAGCGUGUCGGUGUUGAACCAAAGCCGGUUAAGGAUGCCCACAGUGGACCAGGAUCGUUUGUCGGACAAGGUUACUCGAAACCUGUCUCUGUUCACGCCUAA